UCGUAAAAUUUACGCAUAGGCCUUACUUUCCUCAAAAAACAUAACAAUGGAGGUUGCGAAAUUAAAAGAUGAUAACAAGAAAGUUGUUGUUGCUCAACAAUUUAAAGUCCCGUCUCAACGUUGGAUUAAACCUAAAAAAAUUCUAACUGAGGACGAGUUUUCACAGGGCAUCAGCAAGAUAAUUGAAAGAGAUUUCUUCCCUGACUUACCUAAACUAGAGGCACAAGCUGAAUAUUAUGAAGCCUUGGAAAAAAAUGACUUGGUCAAGCUCAGGGAAAUUCAAAUGAGAUUCAAGCGCCCAGAUACUGGUACUUCUGAUGUUGCCAGCACUCCAGCUACAUUUGAGACUCCAGAGGGUCGCAGAAAAACAACCCCCGCAAAGAAGAUACAGAAAGAUGCCUCACAGUCUGAUCCAAAUAAAGCUGGCAGCCAGAUGGAUAUUGAAGAAGCCCUGGAAAACAUGGAGGAAGAUACAGAUACACCUAAAAUCAGGCUUGACUCUUUUUUGGCUAAAAAUACCAGUGAGGACAGUGCAUCAUUUGUUGAAAUCCUGAAAGAAUCUGAUCGCAAGCAUAGACUCAAGCAUGCUUGGUUGUUUGAGAAAGAAAAAGAACAAUUAGCUGAGCAUGAGGAGUUUUCUAUUGUACCAGCUAUUGAGGAUCAGGCAGCCAUAGAAGACAGACCAGCUCAUAUAAACUCUUGGAAAUAUAUUAAUGAGAAUGCUGUUAUGUAUGUGCCAGAAGGGCUAGAACUAAGUGCUAAGGAAAUGAUAGAGCUGCAGAAGCACAAACCCAAAGAGAUAGUCCAUGAAAACACACGGUUUCACUUCAAUCCUUUCAGCAAUGCCAGGAGCAAAGAGGCUAUGCAGCAGGCUGCUGCUUUUAAGGCUUUGUCCAAUCAAGGAAAAAUUGGCCAUGAUGGUAAAGAAAUUCAGCUGAGACAGUCACCACAGGUCAAUGGCUAUGGAUUUGUUGUGACACCCUCCCCAGCCCCUGGGGUGUCAGAGUCUCCUUUGAUGACCUGGGGUGAGAUAGAGAGCACGCCCAUGAGGCUGGACAAUAACAAUGAUGCUCUGCCUUCAAUGACGCCAGGACCUGUGUUUAGGAUUCCUGAUGUUCCAAAAAGAGACAGACUUGCCCUGGAGUUAUCUGAAAAAGCUAGCAAAGCUCACAGGGCUAAAAAAGAAGAAGCUAUCAGACAAGUUACUCGUAGAUUUGCGAGUCCUUCACCUUCAUCAAAACUAGGCCUGAGCUCAGUGGAAAGACUCAACUCCAUGUCCCCAGCAGCCCAGAGGCUGGCCAGCAAGCGGCUGGGCAUCAAGACAUCCUCAGACAAAGCCCUGCUAGCCAGCUACACACCCAGCCCCUCCCCCACCCACAGACUCCCUGGCACCAAGACCCCCAUCAGACUGACGCCAGGCUCUCGCAGGUCACACGGCUCAUUGCCAGGCAGCCCUGCAGUGUCCACGCCAUCCAGCGAGCGAGGGGACGCCACUCCUUCUAACUCUGAUCUCUCGUCAUUGACUGACCACCUCCUUAAGUUACCUCAGAGAAAAAGAAAACGUGCCGCUGAUUUUUUUGAGCAGCAGUGACUACAGGAACCUCCUGAAAAUACUUGAAUUAUCCAGCGCCUAAUUAGCGGGCUACACAGUUGAGAACUACAUCUCGGAUCAAUUUUCUUCUUGCUGGCUGAUAUGGAUUAAAAUUUAGCCUGAUACCUUUAAGAAAAUUGCAAUGAAUGGUUAUUGAAAUGACGUCCCCUGCGAGAUUGUUUAGAAUCUGAACUAGUGACGUUGUAACCAAAAAAAUCCGAUGUAUUCUUGUGUGUAAAACUACUCAGAUUGUGAUAAAACUAUUGUAAAGAGUGGGUUGAUCCUGCUCAGAUUCCAAUGCCUGUUGUUACAUCAAUGUUUCAUGUCCUUAAAGACAAUACAAUGUUGCCUUGCAUUACCACAACUAUUUGCACCUUGAUGUACAUUGAUCUCUCUAACCUUGAACAUAUGUGGAUUGAUGCUGUUAUCUAACACAAUUGUUGGGCCUACAGACAUUAAUUGUUGUCAUCUAUCCCAGAGUAUAGUUGCUAUAAUGUCUGCUCAGUAUCAACUCAGGAGCAUGUAUGUUAAGAGCCAGCAGCUUCGCCAACAACAUAGUUGGUUGAGGAUUAAAAGUAAAAUAAGCAUUUUAUUUAAUUUAUUCAGAAUCAAAGCCCUUAGUCAGGAAAAUGCUAAUUUUUCUAAAAACUUGUCAUUAAAUGAUAAUGAAAUCAUGUUUGUAUAAUCUUUUAGUGGUUAAGUAAUCUUGUUUUCAUAAUUUGCACUUAACAUAGUCAUUAGUGCUGAAAUGUAGAAGAAAAUGUAAAGUAUUUAUUUGAAAACCUGCCAAAAAAGUAUUUUGUCCAUGACAGUAAUGAUAUGUAGUAGUGGUAAUUAAAUGAAGAUAUUAAUGUAAAGAAAAGAUGCCACAAUUUAAGUAACCACAGCAACAGCAGUGUGAUUACACUCAGACACUGUUCUAGUCAUCACUUUAUGUUGCACAGUAAAACACUCCAUGUUUUAGGAUCAUUUAUUUUAAUUUUAAAGAAAAGUGGAAUUAAAAGAAGUGAAAAGCACCUUG